GAUAUAUUUAGAAAUUCGCCUGAAUGUACUCUUAGCAAGUUUUCAUUGCUAUUUGCUAGCCAGUUAGCAAUGGUUGUAUGAAACCAAGCAAAGCCAUAAACAUCGCUGACUGAAACCCAUUGUUUAACCAUUGGGAAAGUAGAUGGUUAAAUGAUGGAGGUGGCCUAUGUUUGUGAGUGGGAGAAGAGACCCAAGAGCAACCACUGUCCAUCCAUCCCACUGGUAUGUGCCUGGUCCUGCAGGAACCUUGUUGCCUUCACCACAGACUUAAAAAAUGAAGAAGAUGAGAAAGAAGUCAGUCAUAUGGUCCACAUCAUUGAUACAGAGCACCCAUGGGAUGUGUACUCAAUUAACUCUGGACAUGCUGAGGUCAUAUCCUGUCUGGAGUGGGACCAGUCUGGUUCCAGGUUGCUGUCCGCUGAUGGAGACGGACAGAUUAAAUGCUGGGCGAUGGCAGAUCACCUGGUGAACAGCUGGGAAAGUUCACUGGGGAGUUCAGUGGACGGAGACCCCAUCGUAGCUCUGUCCUGGCUGCAUAAUGGAGUGAAGCUUGCUCUGCAUGUGGAGAUGUCGGGCUCCACCAACUUUGGCGAGAAGUUUUCGCGGGUCAAGUUCUCUCCGUCGCUCACGCUGUUUGGCGGCAAACCCAUGGAGGGCUGGCUGGCCGUGACGGUGAGCGGCCUAGUCACAGUGUCCCUGCUGAAGCCCAACGGUCAGCUACUGACGGCCAGCGAGAGCCUGUGUCGCCUCAGGGGCCGUGUGGCCUUGGCCGACAUCGCCUUCACCGGCGGGGGUAACAUCGUGGUGGCGGCCACGGAUGGAAGCAGCUCCUCGCCUGUGCAGUUCUACAAGGUGUGUGUGAGCGUGGUCAACGAGAAGUGUCGCAUCGACACGGAGCUGCUGCCCUCGCUCUUCAUGCGCUGCACCACGGACCCCGUCCGGAGGGACAAGUACCCGGCCGUGACGCACCUCAAGUUCCUCACUCGGGAGAACUCUGAGCAGGUGCUUCUGUGUGCCUCUAGUCAGAUGGGCAGCAUCGUAGAGUGCUGGUCACUGCGAAAGGAAGGCCUUCCGGUCAACAACAUAUUCCAGCAUCGUUCACCAGUAGUGGGUGAGAAACAGCCCAUGAUUCUGAAAUGGCGCAUCCUCUCCGCCACCAAUGACCUGGACCGCGUGUCGGCCGUGGCCCUGCCCAAGCUGCCCAUAUCCAUCUCCAACACGGACCUAAAGGUGGCGUCGGAGACCAAGUUCUGCCCCGGACUCGGUCUGGCCCUGGCCUUCCACGACGGAAGCAUCCAGAUCCUCCACCGCCUGUCCCUCCACACCAUGGGCGUGUUCUACGGCUCCUCCUCUUCCUCCGGCGCCUCCCAGCGGCCCGGGGACGAGCCGGCCAUAAAGCGUCAGCGUGCCGGUGGCCCGACGGUACACUUCAAGGCCCUGCAGUUCUCCUGGACCUCCCUGGCCCUGGCCGGAGUGGACAACCAUGGCAAGCUGCACAUGAUCCGAGUGUCUCCCUCCAUGGGCCAGAUGCUGGACAUGAACACAUUGCUGCGCCAUCUGCUGUUCUUGCUGGAGUACUGCAUGGUGACGGGCUACGACUGGUGGGACGUUCUGCUCCACGUGCAGCCAGGCAUGGUCCACAACCUGGUGGAGAAGCUCCAUGAGGAGUACAUGCGACAGAACCAAGCCCUGCAGCAGGUGCUUUCAACGCGGAUCGUGGCCGUGAAAGCGUCCCUCUGCAAACUGUCAUCGGUGACUGCGGCACGAGCCUGCGACUUCCACGCCAAGCUCCUCCUCAUCGCCGUCAGCUCCACCCUCAAAUCCCUGCUGAGGCCACAUGUCCUCAACACCCCAGACAAGAGCCCCGGGGACCGGCUGGCCGAGAUCUGCGCCAAAAACACUGACACUGACAUUGAUAAGGUGAUGAUCAACCUGAAGACGGAGGAGUUUGUUCUGGAUGGCCCUCCACUGCAGUCUCUCCAGCAGCUCAUCCAGUGGGUGGGAGACUUUGUGCUCUACCUCAUGGCCAACCUACCCAAUCAGGGCUCCAUUGUCCGCCCGGGGUUUGGGUUCCUCCGAGACGGGUCGUCCCUGGGCAUGCUGCGGGAGAUGAUGGUCAUGAUUCGGAUCUGGGGCCUGCUGAAGCCCGGCUGCCUGCCCAUCUACACGGCCACCUCGGACAACCAGGACAGCAUGCUGCUGCUCUUCCGCCUUCUCACCAAGCUCUGGCUUUGCUCUCGGGACGAGGGCCACCCCCAGGAGCCAGACGAGUCCCUAAUAGACGAGUGCUGCCUGCUUCCCAGCCAGCUGUUGGUGCCCACCAUGGACUGGCUGCCCGUCAACGAUGGAAUCAUCUGUAAGCUGCAGGGCAAGUACCCACUGCGGCUGCAGUUUGGCAAGCCCUACAGCCUCCCCGGCCUCAACUCUGCAGCCCAGGUGGAGAUCUUCUCCAGGAGCCCGGGGUCCCAGAGGAUGGAUCACCUACGCUGUCUCCAUAUGGGCGUCUGCCCCACAGAGGAAAGCAAAGCCUGUACCAGGUGUGGCUGCGUGACCAUGCUCCGAUCGCCCAACAAGACCAACGCUAUGAAGCAAUGGGAGCAGCGCUGGAUUAAGAACUGCUUGUGUGGGGGGCUUUGGAGAAGAAUCCCCUCCACACUUUCCUGAGAUCAGUCAACAAUUGACUCAAACAAGACCCUCCUCACUCCAAACCCUGCACUCAGAUCAGCCUCAGGACAGUUAGGCUUGCAUGACGAUGCUGCCACCUAAUAAAUAUUGGACGACGGGUGUCAAUGGAGGACAGAAGUAUUGUGUGUCUUUUUCAGUUGUAUUGCAGCUAAUGCCAUAGGGAAAGGCUGUGAUCAUGCCGUCAUUGUUUUCUACCUGUAAAUAGGAAUCACUUUUUGUUAUGUAUCUCUUAUUUUAUACAAUCUCGUCAAGAAAAUAAAUAAUUUUCAUGUAUA